CAAUAGCUGACUCACUGUUAUGUUGCCGUUUUCCGUAUCCCGGGAAUUCUUGGUAUUUUUCGUACCACUUCUUUUGACCUGCUCGGUGUUUGCGGGGAACAGAGGCGUGGUACCACAGAGAAAAAAGGACGAUACAGACAGUAGCCCCUGGGAGCUGGGAGGGACAUAUUAUAAGCACGCACGAACCAAAAUUACCACUACCCAAGAUGCUGCGAAUUACCUCUGGGAGUACGGUUACAUGACCGAAAGAGACAUUCGGAGAUUUGAAAGUCUCUCUAAUAGCGAGGCGACGAGAUUCGUCAACAGUAAAUUGAUGCGAUUUCAGACCAUGGGAAAUAUACGGGCGAAAGGCUCGCUUGACAGGAAUACAAUAGCACUGAUGAACCAGCCAAGAUGUGGAAAUAAAGAUACUGAAAGACCGAUCCGUAACAAUAUUCCUUUAAAACUAAGUUGCAUUCGCGAGAAAGCAGUCGUUACUUAUGCGGUAAUGUCUUACACGAGAGAUCUACCACAGCACACUGUACAGACAGAAAUUGCAAGGGCGUUCGAGGAAUGGUCAGACGUUAUAUCAAUUACCUUUGAAGAGACAAAUGGCACUAGUGAUAUUGAGAUUAAUUUUGUCGACGGGUUUCAUACGUAUUCACCCAUGUUUGACGGUGCUGGUGGCACGGUGGCGAAGGCAAUGUUCGACUUAACUGGCCAAGGCGGAGAGUGUGGAACUAUAUACAUCGAUGAAGGAGAAUUGUGGACAAAACAAUCGCCCAGAGGCUUGGACCUGUAUACAGUGAUGGUGCAUGAAAUUGGACAUUUGAUUGGUCUCACUCACUCUGCUGACCCCGACAGCAUCAUGUGGCCAUGGUUCGACACAAAGACUACGCUAGAAGACUUGAAGGCAAGACGGAGGCAAAAGUUGGACGUCGUAAUCGAUUCAGAUAGAAGGCAUCCCGCUGCGUCUGUUAAGCAAAUGGCCGCCCGUCAGCACACAGCAUCAGCACAACGAGAUGAGGUUGCCGUCCAGCCCGAAAAUGAUGUUCAAAACACUGAGUCUCAUAAAUGGACAGAAAAUAAUAGUGUCCUUCAAACAAACAUCCUGAAUGUUGGGCGUGGACCAGAACUUUUGAAUGGAGUCACCGUCUGCCCGUCUGCCAUUGAUGCCAUAACCGUUGCUGCCAAUGGAAAAACGUAUGCAUUCAAAGAUGGAAAUGUCUAUAUGCUAAAUAAAUCUACGUUUGGAAUUGAAGACGGUUUCCCACGUCCAAUCGCAAGUGUAUUUGGCGACAAUGCUCCUGGUCGUGUAGACGCGGCAGUGACUUUGUACUAUUACGGAGUUCCAUUCACAUACUUAUUUCAGGUAGGAUGA